AUGACCAACCUAGAUGACGACAGUGGAUACCAAACAUCAUAUACUCCGAAUUCUUUUGAAGAUUCAGAAAUUUUUGAAGAAAAUUUAAACCCCACUGCAAUAAGCAUUGACAAUAUUUUAUUUACUGGACAAUUUAUAACAUUAUCGAAUCAAGUUAAUAAUAACAGUUCUACAUUUCUCACGCCAAAUAAAAAUGAUCGAGAAAGUCCACAGAAAAGAAGAGGUACCAAACGAUUGUUCCCAGGAGCUUCAGAAGUUACAGACCUUGGAUAUGUCUCCACUCAAACUCCUACGACAUUGCUAUCAGGUGGCCUACAUAGACUGAAAGUUAAUGAUUCAAAUAGAAUUAAUUCUAGUUAUUCACCAAGUAAUUUAGUCAACUGGGAUGAUAAUAUUCUAAAUGACAAUUUACUUAAAUCAUUUCCAACAACACCUAUAAAAAAAUCUUGUAGGAGUAAUUGUAAAAUUAACAACCAUUUACAUCAGAAUGGACUAGUGAGACACCCUGCUUCUGAAAUACAUUCGAUUUUUUGUGAACAACGAGCUUUGCAACCAGUUCUGAAAACCCACCCAAAGAAUUGUGCUUGGAUUAAAAAAUAUCCAUAUGAAAAACAUCAAAAAUUUGACAUCAUAAAAAUUUUAUACAAUGAUGGUAAUUACUUUCCUGUUUUAAAGAAGAUAUUUGGUUACUUAUCAUGUGAAGAUUUAUACCAGGUCACUUUAGUGAGCUCUGUGUGGCAAAAAGCUUGGGUUGCUGUCAAUUACAAACAUUUUGAAAAUCCAGAGUAUAAGAAAUAUAUAAGAUCCUUACGAGAAAACCAGGAAAACAAUAUUGAAAGAGGCAAAGAGGUAAAACAUAAAACCUCAAUCGAUCACAGGUCCAAAAACUCAAUAAUAUGUGAAGUAAGCCCACCAAGAACUCCAAGGAGUAUCCGUUUUGAAGUAUUCACAAAAGCAGCCGCAAUGGAUUCGAGAAAGCAGUUACGAUGUCUACGAUGUCAGUAUCCAGCAAAAACUACAGAAGAAGGAGAAAUGUUGGUCGAGUGCACAAGCUCAACCUGCGGCUAUCAAUUCUGUGGGCUGUGUAAGUACAGCCCACAUCCAGGUAAGAGCUGCAAUACAUACUGUGAUCUAGAAAAACCCAGUCCACCCAAAAGAAAGAAGAGCACCUUUACCAUAGGCUCCAAGAAAAGCAAAAAGAAUCUAAGGAGAUUAGUUAAUAAUUUCUGUUAA